AUGGCGCGCAAGACUUUCGAUUCAGACUCAGAUCUGUCGUCCCCUCCGGAUGAGAAUGCAUUGGCACAACAAGCUGAAGUAGCAGUCACGUCUGAGGUGGUCAAUGGUUCAAGCAGGAAGCGCAAGGCCAGAACUACUGUCAAGACAGCGAAGCGGGCGCGGAAGACCGUGAUAUCAGAAGACCUUGCGAAUAGCGAUGAAGAGGCGGAGGCAGAGGGCGAGACCCAAACGCCUUCCAAGGGCCGGGCACGAGUUUCUAAAGUCAAGGACGAUGAAGAGACAAUCGAACACAAGAUUACAGAUGGUGAGAAUGGGGUGACCAUUACCAAACGCAAGCGGCAGAAGCGGAUCAAGAUAGAAGACUUACCUCCACUACAACCGCGUACAGUUGGCAGCAAGCUUUUGGUCGGGGCGCAUAUCAGCUCAGCAGGAGGUGUGCAUAACGCCAUCACAAACCUGGUACACAUUGGCUCAAACGCUUUUGCUCUGUUUCUGAAGAGCCAACGCAAGUGGGAGAAUCCGCCACUCAACCCGGAACAUGUGACCCUCUUUAUUGACAACUGCCAUAAGCAUAACGUUGAGCCGGGCAGAUGCGCUGUACCGCACGGCUCUUACCUCGUCAACCUGGCCCAUCCCGACAAGGAGCGCAAGAAGCAAGCCUACAACUCCUUCCACGACGACCUCACACGGUGCCACAAACUCGGUAUCAAGUACUACAACUUCCACCCGGGCAACUGCAACGCCUGCACUCGGGAAGAGGGCAUUCGGCUCAUCGCAGAGAACAUUAACGAGGCCCACAAGGAUCCCAAGACGGGAGAAGUCAUGCCUCUGCUUGAAACGAUGGCUACGCUGGGGAACACAAUUGGGGGGACAUUCAAGGACCUUGCGGAUAUAAUCGAGCUUGUUGAAGACAAGGGCCGCAUCGGCGUUUGCUUGGAUACAUGCCAUGUCUUCGCUGCAGGUUACGAUCUGCGAACCCCAGAAUCCUUUGCCAAAGUCAUGCAGGAGUUUGAUGAUGUGAUUGGGCUCAAGUAUCUUAAGGCUAUGCACGUCAACGACAGCAAGGCCCCUUUGAAAUCCUACCGCGAUCUCCAUGCUCGUAUUGGUACUGGCUAUCUCGGACUUCGGGCUUUUCACAACCUCGUCAACGAUGAGCGGCUCCAUGGCCUCCCGAUGAUAUUGGAAACGCCCAUUGAAGUCAGGGAUGAAAAUGGCAAGAAGAUGGAGGAUAAAUCCAUAUGGGCCCGCGAAAUCAAGAUGCUCGAACGGCUCGUAGGCAUGGAUGUGGAGAGCGAGGAGUUCAAAAAAAUGGAGAAGGACCUUUUUGAUGAGGGUGCUAGCGAACGCGAGCGCAUCGGCGAGCAGGUCGAGCGCAAGAGGAAGAAGGAGGCCGGGGGAAAGGCGCCUAGGAAGCGAAAGGCGAAGACGAAGAUUGAGAGCGAGGAAGAGGAGAAUGCCAUUGAUGAGGAUAUGGAGAACUCUGAAUAG